AUGAGUUCUUUAGGUAGAGUAAUCAGCGGGCGUGGGAGGGAUACCCAUGCCACGGCGGUGUUAGGUGGUGAUAGGGCAGGCCACCCUCCGUCGUCAUCCAACGACUGCCAGGAGCUCGGGGUAGGCAACCUGGCCCCAGCUCUGGUUUCUGCGUCAGGAAGGGCAUCACAGGUAGGCGACCUGGCCUGUGGUGUAUCUAACAUGCCAGGAAGUUCAAGGCCUGAGGAGGAAAAUUUGGAGGAAUGGCAAAAGGUUGCCAGGGCCAAAUACAGGGUGCGGCUUUCCGGACAGAGGUCUCCUAUUUGCUUUGGGAGGAGUAAGCGGACGAAGCCUAUAACCUACUCCUCUGAAGAAGAGGAGACAGGAGCUGACGUGGUUGGGUGGAGUACGGAAUUCCCGACAGUGGCCCAACUACCUCAGGUGGAGACAUGCAGGCUAUUGGAGAUUGCAACGAGGCAUAUCCAGAUAAGUGACGCCGAGAGGAGGAAGUGCGGUAAUAUCAAGCGAUCUGUCUCGGGGAAGAUGAAGAACUCCAAUAGCUACGUAGUGAAGAUCCACCAAACACUACAGGACAGAUUUAAGUCAGGAGAUGGGGACUCUCCGUCAGUACAGGAGGCAAUGGUGCAGCUGAAGGCUGAACUGAGGGUCAUGGGACUGCGGAACAAGGAGAUGGCAGAGGAACUUGCCCUCCUUAAGAAGGAGAGGGCGAAGGAACCAAGACCAGUUGCUACGAGGAGCGAAUCAACGACUCCGGAGGUUCAGCAGCUGAUUGAGUCGAUCAAGCUGAUGACGGAGGCGUUUCGCUGUAAUCAGCAACACCCGCAGCAGCCGCAACAACAGCAGCAACAGCUGCGACAGCAUCCGCAACAACAACAGCAGCAGCAGUACUUGGCCGAAAGGAGAGACGGGCCCAGAGGAGGGAGGCGAACCCACCCCCCCGAGCUGCACUAA